AGCCUUCACUUUCUUGUUCCAGUUUCUCAUCCCUGAAAUUGGUCUCCGCAACUUGGUUCUGGAUUUCGAAGAUUCUAACGAUCAAAGCCCAACAAAGUUGGCAGAUAUGUUGGAUCUUAACGUUGAUAUCAUUAGCUCUACCAUUGAUCAAUCCAGUUACGAUGAAAAGAGCAGAGCUUUGGAGGCCGAGAAGCUCAGAGAAGAUUCGGGAACAUCAGACUCCUCUGUGGUCAAUGCAGAGGAGGACUCCUACUCCAACAACACCUCCCCAUUCAUCUUUGACAUCUUGAAGAAAGACAAACAUGGUCUUUGCAACAACAGAGAGGACCAGAUUGUCCCCUCGCCGGAAUUUGCUACAAAGUCGCUGUUUCCGGUGACCGGAGACGGCGGAGAGGGAGGAGGAGGAGAGUUUGGAGUGUUGGCCUCGUCGAAUACGACAUCGAGGCCUCAGUGGCUGAACUUGUCGUUUGCUGAGUCGGGCGGGCAGGCUGAGCUGAAAGUUGUGCAGCAGAAACAGCAGCAGGCCCGGAAAAGUCGCAGGGGGCCGAGAUCUCGGAGCUCUCAGUACCGGGGAGUUACGUUUUACCGGAGGACCGGCCGGUGGGAAUCGCAUAUAUGGGAUUGUGGGAAGCAAGUUUAUUUAGGUGGAUUUGACACUGCUCAUUCUGCAGCCAAAGCAUAUGAUCGAGCUGCAAUCAAGUUUCGAGGUGUUGAUGCUGAUAUCAAUUUUGUGCUAAGCGAUUAUGAGGAAGAUUUGAAACAGAUGAGGCAUCUGAACAAAGAAGAAUUUGUGCACGUGCUUCGUCGCCAGAGCAAUGGAGCCUCUCGUGGGAACUCAAAGUUCAGAGGCGUGGCGGCAGCGGCUGCUACUGCCGCUGCCAUGCCCAAAAUUGGUCCAUUCGAAGUUCAUAUGGGACAAUUAAUUCCUGGAAAUAAGUUGAUCAAAGGUAAUGGAAGGGAAGGACUUAGCAACUUUGAUCCUAGUAUUUAUGAAGGGGAGGUAGUAGUAGGUGCCAGUACUGAAGGCAGUGGUCACAAUCUUGAUCUGAGCCUUGGGAUCUCUCAGCCUUCUACUGGCGAAAAGAGGAAAGCCUUUGAAAUACUUAGCAAAGAGAGGCCAAUGGUUAAUGGCUCUGCUUCUGCAGCUGGGGGACAACCACUUCAUGCUCUAGCAAUGCUAUCCAAACAUCCUGCCUUGUAUCCUGAGAUAUAUCCGGGUUUCUUACAAAAAACUGAGGAAAUGGCAACAGAUCAUCAUAAGAGAAUCCAAGCGGUUUCUUCACCGAGGUUUUCAAACUGGGCAUGGCAAAUGAAUGGAAACAACAACAAUGUUACUCCAGUGCCAGUCUUCUCUAUUGCAGCAUCAUCAGGAUUCUCAUCUUCCAUAGCUACCGUACCUCCAUCAGCCACUAACCACCUUCCACCGAUUCUCCAAGACAGUUCGACUUACAAUCUGCGCCUCCCUUUUCCCACCAGUUUGUAAUUGUUCUUUAGAGAAAAGGCAGAACUUGACUAAACAUUAGUCUGUAAUGUGCAGCAGUACUGCUUUAUCUUUGGAUGUGUAUCAUAUUAUCAAAUAUAUAUAGAGUGCUCUUAACCAAC